AUCGACGACCAUUUGAUGGGCCAACGUCGUAACGUUAAGUAAUCUAUUGGGAGUAAUGUCACUAAAAUGUGGGCCAACGCUGGUAAAGAGGGACGAAUGGCCAUUCAUCAAAAUAUUUAAAUGUAUAUACAUAUAUGUGUCAUUUAUGGUGUGGUAUACCGGCAUACUAUCAAUUGCGAAGAACUGAAAUAAAAGCACUAUCCUUUGUGAAGAUAAAGAAUGUCCGGAAAAGGAUCCUUUGAGAAUCCAUAUGAUGAUUAUUCUACUAAUGCAUCCAAUAAUAUUUUGAAUGACUCUAAAGAUGGAAUUUCAGAAGUUCUGCAAAAAAAAUUGAUGAGUUUUAAGGUAACCAAAAUAGAAGAUCUAAUAACUAGAUUCAAAAAAGAUAUUUUUUAUGAUGGGACUGUAUACACUGGUUCUGCUGGUCUAGCACUGUACUAUUUGACAUGUUCUUCUACAAGUAAAAAUGAAGUUAGUCAUGAAAAUUUGCAGAGAGCCCUUGACUUUAUUGACAUAGAAAAUCUUAGAGGUCGUCGAAUUAGUUUCCUAUGUGGUGAUGCCGGUCCAUUAGCUAUAGCUUCAGUUAUCUCAUAUAAAUUGGGAACCAGGCGCCCUAGUAAAUUACCAGAUUAUAAAGAUUUAGCUCAAAGGAUCAUGGACUUAAUUUCACUUGUUGAUGAUUCUCCUGAUGAAAUUUUAUAUGGAAAAGCAGGCUAUUUAUAUGCACUUUUAUUUGUAAACAAGAAUAUAAGUGGAAAGGAUGUCAUUCCAUCAAGCCAUAUUGAAAAAGUAACAAGCGCUAUUAUAACAUCAGGAAAACGUUUCUCUACACAAAUGAAAUCAGAAAGUCCCUUGCUUUGGCAAUGGCAUGAUAAAAUUUAUCUUGGUGCUGCGCAUGGAAUGGCAGGAAUACUUUUCAUGUUAUUACAGGCAAGGAGUUACAUAAAAGUGACUGAAAUGAGAAGUUUCAUAAAACCAGCAAUAGAUUGGUUGAUAAGUCGUCGUUUCUCAAGUGGUAACUUUCCAUCAUCCCUCGGCAGCAGCUCUGGGGACAGAUUGGUUCAAUGGUGCCAUGGUGCUCCAGGAUUUGUACCUUUGUGUAUUGCAGCAUUUCAGACAUUUGAAGAUGACAAGUAUUUGAAAAUAGCCUCUCAAUGUGGAGAAGUAAUUUGGCAAAGAGGCUUGUGUACAAAAGGAUAUAGUCUAUGUCAUGGUGUAAGCGGAAAUGCAUAUGCUUUCCUUCAAUUAUAUCAAAUUACCAAGAAACCUGUACAUCUGUAUCGCGCUUGCUGCUUUAUGGAGUGGUGUGCAGUAGAGAGACAAGGCACUGAACUGCAUCACCCUGACAGACCAGCUUCCCUAUUCGAAGGCUUGUUGGGUCGAAUAUUUUUAUCAGAAGAUAUUAUUCGACCUUAUGAUUCCAAAUUUCCAGGUUUUUGCUUAUAAAUCAACAUUACUGUUUUUGGUUAUGAAAUAUAAUAUACAUAGUAUAUACAAAUUC